AUGUCUAAAUAUAAAAAAUUAAGUAACAUUGUUCGAUAUAAACAAUUGGAUUUUAAUUUGAUUCUUUUGUUUCUUAUCAGAAAAAUGCAUACAAUUGUUUUUAUCAAUAUUAUUUUGGUACUAUUAGUAUCGAUCUCAGGUGCACCUGCUGUUCGUGAUGAUCGAGUUAUAAUUGGAUCAAGCAUUGGUGGUAUUAUUGGUUUAAUUAUUUUAAUUCUUGAUUUAAUUGCUAUUUUUGAAUUACUUACAUCGGGCGGUCGUGGUAUACUUUCAAAGCUUAUUUGGAUUUUAAUUAUUCUCUUUUUUCCGAUUGGUGGUUUAAUUUUAUAUUGGUGCUGUGGUCGACGUCGUGCCGUUGAUCAAGCUCUUUGA